AUUUCCAAAUAUGACAACUCCAAAGACUAACAAACAAACACAAAAAAAACAAUUCCAAAUAUUAGUGGACUUCAUGACAACCCAUCCGGAUUUGGCAAAGGGCCUAAUGAAGACGCCCAACGCAAAAAUAAGAGUCGACCAUUUAUGGAAGAGAGUAACUUCCGAACUAAAUGCUGCUGGACCACCGAUGCGUGAUAUGGCCGGCUGGAGAAAAGUAACUUUAGUGACAUGUGUACUUUUUAUUUCUAUAGCCAAAAGGCGUCGGAACAGAACCAACAUUGCCGGUACAGGGGGCGGUCCGUCCGUUUAUUCCUCACUGAACGAAUUAGAGCAGCGAGUAAGCGAGUUGCUUUCCAUAAAUAAAGCUGUGGGCGGGAUAGGUAGCACGCGCGAGUUUGGUGCGCGUCAGACGGAUGUACCAACUAAAAGUUUAGGAGCAGUAUUUAAUGAUAGGAAUUUAGUCGAUAUGCCCGAAGAGGAGAAUGACAGCGAUUCAGUCGAUGUGCCCGAACAGGUGACUGAGAAACCUUCCUGCAGCCGUUCGGUACUCACUCCACGCAAUAAGCAAAGCUUACUAGAAAAGCAGACCUAA